AUGAGAUGCCAGUCCCGACUUGAUUUAGUAUAUCGAUGUGCUCUGUCUGCGCGGCCAAAACCUUCGGUCCAUGAACUGCAUCACUCAAUUCGAGCAUCAUCAACGCGGGCAGGUUCUGAGCGGCAACAGAAGAACAACUCUAAGGAGGAUGGCCUCCGAAAUGAUGAGUCCCCGAAAGAAGAAGAAGAAGGCGCGAUGACGAGACGAAUGAAGGAGUUGUCUGAAGACGCCAUGUUAGGAGGCAAAUCCGCAAUGAAGAAUAUGCAACAAGCGGGGUUUUCGGAUGAAUUAAAGAAACAACUAGAAGAAAGGAUAGCUGCCACUUCGUUUAAGAACGAGCAUGCUCAAGCCUUUUCGGUUGCAAAUAUGCCUAGGAGUGCCGGAAGAGGGACACAGGAUCUUGCCGCUGCAGCUCCCUGGACUGGCGAUGAAACCGCCCAUGACGCUGCUCUCCGAAUGCUUAGCGACUCAAAGAAGCCGCUGCGAGUGCCAUUUAAACCGCCAAACCCGUCACCAGUUAAUCUCCAGCCCAGGGUUCGAGCGUCCCAAUCCUCCGGAACCCGCCUCGCACAAGCGCGAGACCGCAAAGAAGUUUAUGAACUGAGUCAGGACGCCCAUAUCUCCGAAGAAGAGCGCGAGGCGUAUCGUCGGGAACUUCGUGACCGAUUCACUCCCGGCGCCCGAGCGUUCCCUAUGAGCCUGCAGGGCCUGAGCUCCCUCGCAAACGAACGCAUCGAAGACGCCAUAGCAAAAGGACAGUUCCGAAAUAUCCCCAGAGGAAAGGGCAAAAACGUCGAGCGCGACCAUGCCGCGGGCAGCCCGUACCUAGAUACCACGGAAUACUUCAUGAAUCGGAUCAUGCAGAAGCAGGAAGUUACUCCCGAGUGGAUCCAAAAGCAACAGGACCUACAACGGGAGAUCCGUCGGUUCCGUGCCCAAUUGAGAAGUGAUUGGAAGAGCCAUGCCGCGCGGUUGAUUUCUAGGCAAGGCGGGACUCUGCAGACGCAGGUCCGGCGUGCGAGGGCCUACGCAGCGGCCGAGGCGAGACAUAACAGGUUCGCUCAAACCCCUGCCGAAAAGGAGGAGAAGAACGCGACAGGCGUCAAGCCCAUGACACAAAUCGACCACGAGGGGAGGUUAUCCCGGAUCCCGGUAUCCUUGUCCAAUAAUUCUCCGGUAUCACAAACCGAAAGUGUGACCAGCACUUCCACAGAAUCGAUUGAACAUGAACCUCUUCCGGACGUGUCGUGCUUACGCGACCCGCAGUACCUCGCAAUUGAAAAAGAGUAUCACGAAUUAAAAGUGAAGAAGCUAAACGAGCUUCUUCGUUCUUACAAUUUGCAAGCCCCGCGAAUAGCCCAGAAACCAUACCUGAAUCUACAGCGUGAACUAGAUCUGUGCUAUGCCGAAGUAGCUCCGUCGCUAGCAGAAGAGGUUUACAACAGAGCUACACAAAAGGCUCACGAUUCCAGUUAUGUGCCUACGAAAGGAGAUGCGGGCGCAUUGCAGCAAGUGUUAGGCUUAGGCCAAAAUGCUCGUGUUCACGAUGAAGACACAUCCAAGGGCUAUGGGCUGAAGCAAUUUUGGCGCGAUCUUUGGAGCCGGGGCGCAACAACUUAG